CUGCCAUGUGACUAGAAAUUGUAAUCGCUGGGAGCGAGGCAGAGAGACAGAGUCAGCAAGAGAGCCGCAGACACAGGGAGGACAGACAGAGGGACAGAUGUUUGGACUUGACCCAUUGAGAAGGGGAUGGGGCAAGAGUGAAGGGGAGAUGGAGGAGAAGGAGAGGAGGGUUCUGACGAGGGAGUGAGAAGUGCCUGCAAAGGGGACUGGGAGCACUGGGACAGACUGAGGGAAGGACAGACAGACGGCAGGCAGAGAGCAGUGGGGGCCCUGGGUGGAAGAAGAGCCUCCUGGUGGGGCCCCGACAAGUAGGGGUGGGGGCAGGCGCCGGAGGGGGGGGCGGCAGGGCGGGGAGGAGGCCCGGACUGCCGCAGUGGCCUGCCAGAAGCCUCCCCUGGGGUGGGAAGGGCGACAGGCAAGGAGGGGGGGGGCGUGGGGAGACCCAGGAAACCCUGCGCCCCCCCCAGCACGACCUCCACGGGCAGCCCUGGAGAACGGGGACUGCAGAGCCCCCACCAGCUGGAGGCAUGUGGAGGGGGGUUCUGGGGGCGCAGGGAGAGGCCCAGCGGAAGCCGAGCCACUGGGCCCCCCGGCGCCCACGUGGAGCAUGAACAUUGAGGAUGGCGUGCGCCCGCGGCUGCCCGUGCCCCCCACCGCCGCCUGGUAGGAUGUCCUGGCCCCACCGGGCCCUACUCUUCCUCUGGCUCUUCUCACCACCCCUGGGGGCUGGCGGGGGCGGCGUGGCCCUGACCGCGGCCGCCGGAGGGGGGUCCCCGCCGGCCACCUCCUGCCCCGCGGCCUGCUCCUGCAGCAACCAGGCCAGCCGGGUCAUCUGCACGCGGAGGGAGCUGGCAGAGGUGCCAGCCAGCAUUCCCGUCAACACGCGGUACCUGAACCUUCAGGAGAACGGCAUCCAGGUGAUCCGGACCGACACCUUCAAGCACCUGCGGCACCUGGAGAUCUUGCAGCUGAGCAAGAACCUGGUGCGUAAGAUCGAGGUGGGCGCCUUCAACGGGCUGCCCAGCCUCAACACGCUCGAGCUGUUCGACAACCGGCUGACGACGGUGCCCACGCAGGCCUUCGAGUACCUGUCGAAGCUGCGGGAGCUGUGGCUGCGUAACAACCCCAUCGAGAGCAUCCCGUCCUACGCCUUCAACCGCGUGCCGUCGCUGCGGCGCCUGGACCUGGGCGAGCUCAAGCGGCUGGAGUACAUCUCCGAGGCGGCCUUCGAGGGCCUGGUCAACCUGCGCUACCUCAACCUGGGCAUGUGCAACCUCAAGGACAUCCCCAACCUGACGGCGCUCGUGCGGCUGGAGGAGCUGGAGCUGUCGGGCAACCGGCUGGACCUGAUCCGGCCCGGCUCCUUCCAGGGCCUCACCGGCCUGCGCAAGCUCUGGCUCAUGCACGCGCAGGUGGCCACCAUCGAGCGCAACGCCUUCGACGACCUCAAGUCGCUGGAGGAGCUCAACCUGUCGCACAACAACCUCAUGUCGCUGCCCCACGACCUGUUCACGCCGCUGCACCGCCUGGAGCGGGUGCACCUCAACCACAACCCCUGGCACUGCAACUGCGACGUGCUGUGGCUCAGCUGGUGGCUCAAGGAGACGGUGCCCAGCAACACCACCUGCUGCGCCCGCUGCCACGCGCCCGCCGGCCUCAAGGGCCGCUACAUCGGCGAGCUGGACCAGUCGCACUUCACCUGCUACGCGCCCGUCAUUGUCGAGCCGCCCACCGACCUGAACGUGACCGAGGGCAUGGCGGCCGAGCUCAAGUGCCGCACGGGCACGUCCAUGACGUCGGUCAACUGGCUGACGCCCAACGGCACGCUCAUGACCCACGGCUCGUACCGCGUGCGCAUCUCGGUGCUGCACGACGGCACGCUCAACUUCACCAACGUCACGGUGCAGGACACGGGCCAGUACACCUGCAUGGUGACGAACUCGGCGGGCAACACCACCGCGUCCGCCACGCUCAACGUGUCAGCGGUGGAGCCGGCGGGGCCGGGCGGCGGCGCGGGGCCCGGAGGAGGAGGCGCUGGUGGCGGCGCGGGGGGCUACACCUACUUCACCACCGUGACGGUGGAGACGCUGGAGACGCAGCCCGGCGAGGAGGCGCUGCAGCCGCGGGGAGGCAGCGGAGCCGACAAGGAGCCGCCCGGGCCCACCACCGACGGCGCCUGGGGCGGGGCGCGGCCCGGGGAUGCGGGCGGCCCGGCCUCAGCCUCCACCACCGCGCCCGCCCCGCGCUCGUCGCGGCCCACCGACAAGCCCUUCACGGUGCCCAUCACGGACGUGACGGAGAACGCGCUCAAGGACCUGGACGACGUCAUGAAGACCACGAAGAUCAUCAUCGGCUGCUUCGUGGCCAUCACCUUCAUGGCGGCCGUCAUGCUGGUGGCCUUCUACAAGCUGCGCAAACAGCACCAGCUGCACAAGCACCACGGGCCCACGCGCACCGUGGAGAUCAUCAACGUGGAGGACGAGCUGCCCGCCGCCUCCGCCGUGUCGGUGUCCGUGGCCUCCGCCGCCGCCGCCGCCGCCGCCGCCGCCUCCGGAAGCAGCGUGGGGGGCGACAGCCACCUGGCGCUGCCGGCGCUGGAGCGCGACCACCUCAACCACCACCACUACGUGGCGGCCGCCUUCAAGGCUCACUACGCCGGCGCGGGCUGCGGCGCCAAGGGCCCCGGCCUCAACUCCAUCCACGAACCUCUGCUCUUCAAGAGCGGCUCCAAGGAGAACGUGCAGGAGACGCAGAUCUGACCGCGGCUCUGGGGCCGGCCGCCCCCCUCCCCAGGCCCCCUUUUACGGCUCAUUUUUUUGCAGUUUGACGCCCGACCCCCCUCCACACACACACACACACACACACACACACACACACACACACACACACACAUCCCCGGUUCUCAGAACUGAAGAGACAGACACGCCCGCCCGCCCCCUCCCCGCCCUGCGCUGAGCCCCCCCCCCCAAGGCCCACCUGCCCCACAGACUCUUUUGAUACUGAAGGGAGGUUUGCGUCAACGACUACCUGCUCUGUAAUUACUUUAAAAAAAAAUAUGGAAAAAGUAAAAAAAAAAAAAAUACAUAUUGUGGGGGAGGGUGUGAUGACAGCCUGGAAGAGAGAGAGAAAGACCGAGUGUGGGGACGGGAGCCGGCAAGGGGGUGCACUCUCCGGGACCCGGGCCAUCCGGAGGGGUGGGGGCUCUGGUGGUCCUAGCCCCAAGCAAGCCAGCGGAGGUCGCCCCCCAAUGUGGAGCCCGC